ACCAGGCGGCGCCGGAAAGCGCUUUGUGUUCAAUGACAGCGAUCCCUUUAGAGUCAAAUCACAGCUACACGGAAGGAGGGAAGGAAGUAGCUCAUGCCACCAAAAAAGCCACCAGACUUCACCUUGUGUGUUUUGGUGUUCAGGCAGGAGCUGAGCGUGUGUCUACCUGCGCAGUGAUGAGGGAGUGGUGGCAGCGUGCGGUUCUGCUGUUCUUCCUCCCUCUCCUCGCCGUCUACCUGCACGUCCCGCAGCCGUCGCUGUCACCCGCCCUGAACGCCUGGCGCUCCUCCGGACGCUUCUUCAGCUUCAGGGGAAGUAAAAUCUUUUACAGAGAGUCUCUGGGUGCUGUGGGGAGCUCUGAUGUGGUGCUGCUGCUUCAUGGGUUUCCAACCUCGAGCUACGACUGGCACAAGGUUUGGGAGCCUCUGAGUCAGCGCUUUAACAGAGUCAUCGCACUCGACUUCCUCGGCUUCGGCUUCUCAAACAAACCUAGGCCACACGGCUAUUCUGUGUUCGAGCAGGCUGCUGUAGUGGAGGCUUUAAUCUCACAUCUGGGUCUCGAUGAGCAGAAGAUCAACCUGCUGUCUCAUGACUACGGAGACACUGUAGCACUGGAGCUCCUGUACAGGAGUGACAACAAUCGAACUGGACACAUGGCUAUAAACAGCCUCUGCCUUUCAAAUGGAGGGAUCUUCCCCGAGACGCAUUACCCCAGGUUCCUUCAGAAGGUCCUGAAGGAUUAUGGUUUCAUCUCCCCGCUGCUUACCAGACUUAUGAACUUCUACAUCUUCUCUAAAGGGAUCGGAGAAGUCUUCGGUCCGUACACUCAGCCGGCUGAAGCCGAGCUCUGGGACAUGUGGACGGGAAUCCGCUUUAACGACGGAAACCUGGUGAUGGACAGCAUCCUGCAGUAUAUUAAUCAGAGACUGAAGCACAGAGACCGAUGGGUUGGAGCGCUCACGUCUACGUUAACACCAUUGCACAUGAUCUACGGACCGCUGGAUCCGGUGAAUCCGCACCCGCAGUUUAUCCAACUUUACCAAAAGCUGGUUCCCGAGUCGACCGUAACCGUUCUGGACGAGCACAUCAGCCAUUACCCACAGCUCGAGGACCCCACAGGCUUCACCAACGCCUACCUCAAUUUCAUCAACUCCUUCUGAGCAGCGCAGGAGAAGAGGUGAAGAUGAACCACGGUGAGAGGAGCGUAAGGAGUGACGCUGCGAGCCGUGAAGAACCAGGACGGAUUUCUUUUAGCUGGUGAUUUAAUUAGUUUGGUAUUAUAAUAGAGUGCUGUUCCUCAAGUCCAGAAAUAAUUCUACACUGAUGACGGUGGACUGAAAACUCCUCAUUAGUUAUGAAAGUUAUACCGUCGAGAUCUUUAUGAAUAAACCUAAUUUUGGAAGAAAAAAUAUAUAUUAAUGUCAUCAGCAAAGUGUAAUGUUUCAAGACAGAAUUGAUCAGAUGUGUCUCAGGGCCUUUUUACACCCGGUCACUUCAUGUGUUUUCUCUGAUCCGAUAGCUAUCUGAUUUGUUAAAACUGUUCCAUUUACAUUAGGCCACAUAAAUGCGUCUCGGCGAAUCGGAUAUCGAUCUGAUCUUUCUACUCCCGCCCAAAAUGCUAAUAUAUUUUACCUCAUUUCCGGGGUAAUUGAAACGGAACACGCUUUGGUGUUUAUCCUUAAAUAUCGUCGCUGUCGGGCAGAAUCCUCGUAUCUCCAAAACCGUUAUUUUUCAGGAAAUUAAAAAAACGCCGUACCUUAUCUGCAGUGCACAGGGUUUAGUCCGCGUUGCAGUGGAUUGUCUUGUGCUAAAUUCCUGUCCUCAGACGAGCACCAGAACUAGCGGGGGGUCAAGAUUUUUUUUCUUUGAGCCCAGUGUUUUGAAGACAUUUACCUCAGAAGACGUGUUGAUUCGUUGCGACUCUUCUUGAGGAGAAAUAUGCCGUGAAGCUCUCCCGCGGAGUGAGGAAGAGGUGGACAGUUGAAGUGUCCAAUGGAGUUAUGAGAUUUGCGCUCAAGCUAUUUUCAAGACUUUAGAUUGGUUAAUAACUUGUAAAAAUAACAGACCCACGUGGGGACUGACCAAUAGCAUCGAUAUGUGAAAAAAUAUGAAAUUGACCAAAUUUGGACACACGAGGUUUCCGCCCGACAGCGACGAUAUACUUUUCUAUAUGUUUUACAAAACUUUUGUUGGACGUGUUUCGCGAGUGCUCCAACCCUGCGUGUCGUCCAUGUUAUUUGUUUCUGGCGCGAUGCACGACUCGUGAGUCACCUGCGAGUGACGUACUUCUGUUUGGGAGGAGUAUAGCGCUGACGUAUGUGGCUUGAACAACCACAUUCAUUUACACCUGUCCAGUUUCAUCUGAAACACGUCCCAGACCACCUCCUGAAGUGGUUUGUACCAUCGGAUUUAUAUCCGUCUCGAAAACGUUUCGGAGGGCAUUUAGACCUGGUCUUUUUACCAUCGGAUAGCUAUCUGAUCACAGAAAACGCAUGAAGUGACCAGGUGUAAAAAGGCCCUUAACUGAUGUCAUGCUCUGUACUCAGAGUUCUAUAAGCUAGCGAUAGAUACUGUGACUUUAUGCUGCCGAUGUUUUUAGCACACGGUGAGGAAACAUCAAUCUGCUAGAAGGACAUUGAAAGGAAUCUGUAUUAUCUGUUGCCUGCUACAUAAGAGUGAACCUAAAGAGGCUAAAAUUUAGAACAUUACAAAGAGCUUUAAAGGAAUCGUUCAUUAAACGUUGUCCUUUACGAAGAGAAGCUUGUGUAAGAUCAGAGCUCGUCCUGGAGAGCCACAGUGAGUGAGUCUUAGAGCCUUUAAGUGAAAUAUUCAACAUGUUUAAUAACAAACAGGAAGGAAAACCUCCUGAAUCACCACCAGCUUAAGAUGAUUAAAAUAGUGAAGAUUUUGGGACGUGAACUCGUCACGAAUCAAUAAAGAAAAACCUUUUUUUAAUGAGCAGAAGUAAAA